AUGGCCCCUCCCCCUGCUUCUAUCGUUGCACGCAACCAUGCUGAUAUUUCCGCACCUACGUGCAAGAUCCACACUGUCGAGACCAAAGUCACACACCGCAUUGGCGAGCCUCUUGGCAAAGUCACUGGUAUUGAAGAGAUCACUCAGCGGUUUGUUGACCUCCUACCUGAGCAGCAUACUAGGAAGUACAAGCAUGAAGAACUCGAGCCAGCUUUCCCUGAUAUCAAAUGGGAGCCCCUGGCGGAGAUUGAUGUCCCAGAAGAUGCUGGGAAGCGAGCUGAUCCUAAGUACAAGCAGCUUUUCGCUGCUGCCACUGAAGUUGAUCAUUUAACCCCUGGUUUUGGGACCGUAUUAUAUGGGCUCAAACUCAGCGAAUUAAAUGACCAGCAAAAAGAUGAACUUGCUCGGCUUGUGGCCUUCCGUGGUGUCGUAUUUUUCCGUGAGCAGAAUGAUCUUGACAUCCAAAAGCUUCUCAAGCUUGGUCGUUACUAUGGACCGCUGCAUCGCCACGCCUCCACCCCGCUUCCUAGAGGUGCUUUGAAAGACGAAAGCCUUUUAGAUGUUCAUGUUGUUAAAGCAACCGAAGAACGUUUCCUUUCUCAAACAAUCAGCCAAGGCCGACUCUGGCAUUCGGAUGUCAGCUAUGAGAUUCAGCCACCCUCGUACACCUUCCUCCAGCUCCUUGAGGGACCCCCAACUGGCGGCGAUACCCUGUGGUCUAGUGGGUACAACUUGUAUGACCGUUUAUCUUCUAGCCUUCAGAGGUAUUUGGAGGAUCUGGUUGCUGUUCAUACUGCCAAUGAGCAAGCAGCGGAAGCUCGUCGGAACGGGCACCCUGUUCGUCGCGAGCCCGUAACCAAUGAGCACCCUGUGAUACGUGUGAAUCCCGUUACUGGCUAUCGCUCUGUUUAUGUGAACUCAGGGUUUACUCGCUACAUUAAAGGCAUCCCCAGAGAAGAAAGCGACGUUAUCUUACGCUACUUAUUUGAGCUCACGGCAACCGACGUCAACAAUACCGUUCGCUGGCGUUGGAAAGAGAACGACGUAGCAGUGUGGGAUAAUAGAUCUACUUUUCACUCCGCCUCAUUCGGCUUCUGGCCUCAUUAUCGUCAUGUUGCCCGGGUUACUCCCCACGGUGAAAAGCCGUACGGAGGAGCUGGCCUAGGGGAAUCUCAACAAGACAAGCUGCUGGAAAAGUUUGAUGCUCCGAAUGUAAAGCUUUUUAGUACAGAUUCGUAUGAUUAA